AUGUCAGCCAGUCGCAAGGUCUUUCACUGCGCUGUGGAUGAAACGGCUCUUACUACAAAUAUCAGCGAAAUCAAGAAAUGGACUGCCAAUGGCGCCAUCGAUCUGAUCGUUCCUCUUUACACCCUCGAACGACUCCAUAAUCUGAAGCGUGCAGGAUCGCAAGUCGCCAUUAAUGCCCGUGAGACGGUGCGCUUUCUCGACCGAGUGACUUCCGGCAAAGAUCAAAUUACUGCCGACCGAGUUACCCUUCAAGGCCCGAUGGAGCAGUAUGAACGCUGGGCAGAAGCUGAGAAAUUCUUCUUACCGGAAUUUGAAGAAGAGCCUGAGGCCGUUGACGAGAUGCCGCGUUCCGAACCCGCACCUGUGUCUGUGCCUGUGCCUGCACCCGCGCCCAAGAUCACUAUCAAAUCGCAAUCCGACGACCUUUCGCAGAUGCUGCUUAGCAAGCUAAACUUUCAGAAGGCCCCCGAUGCCGCAUCCAUCACCUCGGACGGUUCAGCUAGUGGUCCGGCCUCGCGCACAUCUUCUCGUAGCUCGCGCACCAGCCCCGAAUGUGCCCAACAUGAGCUCGUCACCAAGUCAGAGAAACCCAAGUCGGGACACCAGCGCAAUGCGUCCGGAUCUACCAUCCCUAUCGUUCCUCCCGUGCUUCGCCCCUUGCUGAGUGCCCUCCUGUGGCGACUUCACAGUGGCCCUGAUGCCGAGAACUUUGCUAAGAACUGUAUCCUGGUUACUAACGACCGCACGACUCAGGUUUGGGCCCAGAAAUUUGGCAUUGGUGUGAAAAAUAUCCUUCAGCUGCGCACUGCCAUCCAGUAUGAAGAGCGCGAGUACAAGAAUCGCUGCAAAUACGCCGAGAAGAACCAAAGCCCCGUCCAGAAUCCCGAGCCUAAGACCUUGCUUUCAUACGAGGACGACAGUGAUGAGGACGAGCUUGUUUUUGUUCCCCGCGGUCGCGGCAAGAACGCGACUCGGGGUGCUCGGGGUGGAACACCUCGCAAGCCCGUUGCGAAGACCAUCCCUGUGACCCCCGAUGUGGCUACCAUCGAAGUUCCCACUGAGCCGAUUGACCCCAACUCCUUCAGCCGAUCCUUGAGCGGCGCGAAUACCAAGACCCAGAACAUCGACCUGAGCAACCAGAAAGGUACUUCUCGUGGUCUCUCGGGAGCCUCUCGCCGCACUUCCGGCCGACGUGGAGGUGCCAACCGUGAAGGCGCACGAGGCAGCGGUCGUGGACGGGGCAAGCUGUGGGUUCCUUGA